AAAAUGUUGCGCAGCAAAAUGCUAAAUGGAGACCAAAUCUGAAAAUAUAAAUUAUUUCAUUUAAUAUCUUAAGAUACACAAUCAGAAAGCUUUUGAAUGGUUUCCAGUACACAAUUCUGAGAGGAAAUAAGAAUCUGGCUCAUUGGUUUUAAGAAUUUAACUUGCCUGCAUACUAGAAACAGUGCGGAAAGCUACAUAGAAAAAAGUCUAGGCUCUGGCCUUGAGAGGCAGGCUAACCGAGUUCCAGGACAGAGUUCGGGGUUACAAAAACAGCACAACAAAAGCCCAAGCUUACUGCUGCUGUAGUGUGUCAUUCUCUUCAGAAGCCAACUGACUUUGCUAUUUGCUCCAUUUACUGCGUGAACUUCACUGUGCAACUGAAAUAUAUGGAAUCUGGAAUUUUCUUCAAACCAGGGGCUAACACCUUUAAUUUCAUCAAGUUUUAAUAGUCUCGAUUGUCGAUCAAAACGUGAGAAAAAAACCCAAACCUGAUUUUUUUGUCCUGGGAAAUAGUGACCCUGACGAAUACACCUGCUCGCAGGGGACAGAGGAUGUGAUGGAGCUGCUUGAAGAAGAUCUCACAUGCCCAAUUUGUUGCAGUCUGUUUGAUGAUCCUCGAGUUUUGCCCUGCUCACACAACUUUUGCAAAAAAUGCUUAGAAGGGAUCUUAGAGGGGACUGUGCGGAAUUCCCUGUGGAGAUCCUCUCCAUUCAAGUGCCCUACAUGCCGUAAGGAAACUUCAGCUACUGGAGUUAAUAGCCUUCAGGUUAAUUACUCCCUGAAGGGUAUUGUGGAGAAGUAUAACAAGAUCAAGAUCUCUCCCAAAAUGCCAGUGUGCAAAGGACACUUAGGGCAGCCUCUCAACAUUUUCUGCCUGACUGAUAUGCAGCUUAUUUGUGGGAUCUGUGCUACUCGUGGUGACCACACCAAGCAUGUCUUCUGUUCUAUUGAAGAUGCCUAUGCUCAGGAAAGAGAUGCCUUUGAGUCCCUCUUCCAGAGCUUUGAGACCUGGCGUCGAGGAGAUGCUCUUUCUCGCUUGGAUACCCUGGAAACUAGCAAAAGGAAAUCUCUACAGUUACUGACUAAAGAUUCAGAUAAAGUAAAGGAGUUUUUUGAGAAGUUACAACAUACAUUAGACCAAAAAAAGAAUGAAAUCCUGUCUGACUUUGAGACCAUGAAACUUGCAGUUAUGCAAGCCUAUGACCCAGAGAUCAACAAACUCAACACCAUCUUGCAGGAACAACGAAUGGCCUUUAACAUUGCUGAGGCUUUCAAAGAUGUGUCAGAACCCAUCAUAUUUCUGCAACAAAUGCAGGAGUUCAGAGAGAAAAUAAAAGUAAUCAAGGAAACUCCUUUACCUCCUUCUAAUUUGCCCACAAGCCCUUUAAUGAAGAACUUUGAUACCAGUCAGUGGGAAGACAUAAAAUUAGUAGAUGUGGAUAAACUUUCUUUGCCUCAAGACACUGGUACAUUCAUUAGCAAGAUUCCCUGGAGCUUUUAUCAGUUAUUUGUGGUAGUCAUUCUGCUUAGCCUUCUUAUUUUCUUUGGUCCCACUAUAUUCCUAGAAGGGUCUUUAUUUGAUGAAUUCACAAGUUGGAAAGACCAUCUCUCAAACUUCAGUUCCUAUCUGACUAAAUCAGCUGAUUUUGUAGAAGAAUCAAUGUUUUACUGGGAACAGGUGAUGGAUGGGUUUUUCAUUUUCAGUGAAAGAUUUAAGAAUUUUACUUUGGUGGUGCUGAACAAUGUAGCAGAAUUUGUGUGCAAAUAUAAACUAUUAUAAAAUCUGUUGCAAGUGUAUAGUUCUCUGUCUUUUAUUAGAAAUUUGUUAAAGAGCUGAGUGGUAGUUAAUAUUUGGUCAAGAUUUCAGUCAGGUAUUUUCCUGCAAAAGUAUUCGUUUCAAAAAUAAUGUCUUCUACAUGUUGUUCAUGUAGCAUAAAGAUAAAUGUGAGAUUUAAUAGUAAGUCCCGAAACUUCUUCCCUUUUUAAAUAGUGCUUUUGUAAUACGCCUCCUACCCCCAGUAUUGGUUGUGUUUAUGCUAUGGAAAAGAAGUGAAAGCACAACAUGAUCUAAUAUUGUGUAAAUGAGGUAGUGUAACUGAUUGUUCAUUUAAGCAUGUAAUAAAGACUAUUCUUGUAAAGUAA